CAACCCGAACAAACCCGACCCAAUUACACCACCAUCUCCCCCAACAAACUAAAACCCUCUCUCUCUCUCUCCUAUUCUCUCUCCCCCUCUAUCUCUCUCGCCAAUGGGAACAUCAGUGCAAGUGACGCCCCUCUGCGGCGUCUACAACGAGAACCCCCUCUCCUACCUCGUCACCAUCGACGGCUUCAACUUCCUCCUCGACUGCGGCUGGACCGACCACUUCGACCCCUCCCUCCUCGAGCCUCUCUCCCGGGUUGCGGCGAGUGUGGACGCCGUGUUGUUGUCGCAUUAUGAUACGCUUCACCUUGGAGCUUUGCCGUAUGCUAUGAAACAGCUGGGGCUCUCGGCUCCGGUUUUCUCGACUGUGCCUGUGCAUAGAUUAGGGUUGCUUACUUUGUAUGAUCAUUAUUUUUCACGCAAGCAAGUAUCGGAGUUUGACUUAUUCACACUGGAUGAUGUUGAUUCUGCUUUUCAAAAUGUGACAAGACUAGCCUACUCCCAAAAUCAUCAUAUGUCUGGAAAAGGAGAAGGAAUAGUAAUUGCUCCUCAUGUUGCUGGCCGUCUGUUAGGAGGCACUAUCUGGAAGAUAACCAAAGAUGGUGAAGAUGUCAUUUAUGCUGUUGACUUCAACCAUCGCAAAGAAAGGCACUUAAAUGGAACUGUUCUAGAAUCAUUUGUUAGGCCUGCUGUUCUCAUAACUGAUGCUUAUAAUGCGUUGAAUAGUCAGCCUCCCAGACGUCAAAGAGACCAAGAAUUUAUUGAUGCCAUUCGAAAGACACUUGAGGGGCAUGGAAAUGUACUGCUCCCUGUGGAUACAGCUGGUCGGAUAUUAGAGUUAAUUUUGAUACUGGAACAGUGCUGGGCACAACUUCACUUGGCCUACCCUAUCUACUUUCUCACAAAUGUUUCCUCAAGCACGAUUGAUUAUGUCAAGAGUUUUCUUGAGUGGAUGAGCGAUUCAAUAGCAAAAUCUUUUGAGAACUCUCGGGAUAACUCUUUUCUUCUGAAGCAUGUAAAACUUUUAAUAAGUAAGGCUGAACUAGAAAAUGUUCCAGAUGGUCCAAAGGUUGUUCUGUCAUCCAUGGCCAGUUUGGAAGCUGGGUUUGCACAUGACAUCUUUAUUGAGUGGGCUGCAGAUGCCAAGAAUCUUAUCCUUUUCACAGAGCGAGGCCAGUUUGGCACUCUCGCUCGAAUGCUUCAGUCAGAUCCACCUCCUAAAGCUGUCAAAGUUACCUUGUCCAAGAGGGUUCCCUUAGUUGGUGAAGAGUUAGUUGCUUACGAAGAAGAGCAGAAUCGAAUUAAAAGAGAAGAAGCUUUAAAAGCUAGUCUCAUCAAGGAGGAAGAAUCAAAAGCGGCUGUUGGGGCUGACAUACCCGUGGGUGAUCCAAUGGUUGUUGAUGGUAGCUCCAGUCAUGCUGCUUCUGAUGCUGCUGCUCCAAGUGGUGAUGCUUAUCGAGACAUAUUAAUUGAUGGAUUUGUUCCACCUUCAACCAGUGUUGCCCCUAUGUUCCCUUUCUAUGAAAAUUUCUCUGAAUGGGAUGAUUUUGGUGAAGUAAUCAAUCCAGAUGAUUAUGUGAUCAAGGAAGAAGACGCGGACCUUGCAUCCAUGGCGGUUGAUGGAGAUCUUGAUGGAAAAUUUGAUGAAGGAGCUGCUAGUUUAAUACUGGACAUGAAGCCGUCAAAAGUUGUCUCUUCUGAACUUGCAGUCCAAGUCAAGUGUUCUUUGAGUUUCAUGGAUUUUGAAGGACGUUCUGAUGGCCGCUCAGUUAAAUCAAUUUUAAGCCAUGUUGCUCCACUAAAGCUUGUCUUGGUUCAUGGAUCUGCAGAGGCCACAGAGCAUCUAAAGCAGUACUGUUUGAAACAUGUCUGCCCUCAUGUAUAUGCUCCCCAGAUCGAUGAAACAAUUGAUGUCACAUCUGAUCUAUGUGCAUAUAAGGUUCAACUUUCUGAAAAAUUGAUGAGUAACGUGCUUUUUAAGAAGCUUGGGGAUUACGAGAUAGCCUGGGUUGAUGCUGAAGUGGGAAAGACAGAGAAUGACAUGUUGUCUUUGCUUCCUCUUUCAACCCCUGCACCUCCGCAUAAAUCAGUUCUUGUUGGCGAUAUUAAAAUGCCAGAUUUCAAGCAGUUCCUUGAAAGCAAGGGUAUCCAGGUGGAAUUUGCUGGUGUUGGGGCGAUGAGGUGUGGGGAGCAUGUGACACUGCGAAAGGUCGGGGAUGCAAGUCAGAAGGGUGGCGGUGCUACUAUUCAACAAAUUGUGAUUGAAGGUCCCUUGUCAGAGGAAUACUACUUGAUUAGGAACUAUCUAUAUUCGCAAUUUUAUUCACUUUGAUCCUGAACACCACACGAAACUGUAAUUUUCUGUAGAAUGUUGGUAGUCCUCAACCCUCUGUUGUUUAUCUUUAGUGUAUGUUAGAAACUGAAGUGAGAGAUGACAACUGAACACUGUUUAUAAUAAUUGACAUAGUAUGUAUUCAAGUUGAACCUGAAUCACCUCCGGUUCAGCUUUAAUCCA